GUCACACUUCAUCGUUUGUGUCUGGUCUUUCCUCUUGUGUAGGAGCAAAGUUAUCUUUUCAAUCAUGAAUAUGAUGCGAAGUAUCUCCGUGCUGGCUAUGGUGUGCAUGGUGUCCGCUGCGAAGCUGCCAGGAUACAGUGCCGGAGGCGACUCUGGCUUGGGCGUCGAUCUCGGCGGCGUAGGAGGCCACGCCGGCGGCGCAGGAGGAGCAGGAAGCGUUUUCCAGGCCGUUUUCGUCGGCAAAGGAAACCUUCCUGCUAGUGCUUUUGGAGGCGCUGCUGGAGGUUUCUCCGGAGGCGCUUCUGGAGGCUUUGGCGGCGGCGCUGUUGGACAGGAGUACUCUGGGCCAAGCACAGGCCCCGUUGGCCCUGUUGUUACCGUUGAAGAGGAAUACACCGGCCCCGUUGCCGCCGUGUCUCCUGUUGUCACUGUGGAAGAGGAAUACACUGGGCCAAGCACUGGUCCUGUUGGCCCUGUUGUACCCAUCGUUGCCGUUGAAGAGGAGUACACUGGGCCAAGUAUCGAGGCUGGCCCCGUUGUGACUGUUGACGAAGAAUACAGCGCUCCUGUUGCCCCCGUGGCUCCCGUUGUCCCUGUUCCAACCGUUGACGAGGAAUACACUGGGCCAAACGAAGUCGCCCACGUCAGCCCCCCUGCUAGCGAAUACAUCUCGCCAAACCACUAAAGCUUCAUGGUACUGGAACAAGUGAACCAUUGCUCCAAUAAGAGCGUUUAUUUAUCACAAGUUCCCAAGUGAAGUCUUCCCAAAGAUCAGUAUUGAUUAAAUGAACACAUCCUUAU